AUGGAAGUGAAGUACACCGUCUGCUUAAUCAUCUUAGCGAUUGCCAGUCGCGAUGUCACCUCAACAACGACCACAAAAGACGUACGUACAGGUGUUCUUCUGCCAGAAAAGUUCAUUAAUGGUGUAAUAGACAUCGUACAAAGUCAUAAAAACAAACCAUCGCAGCAAACUCAACCAAACCCACCAUACCAGCAGUACCCUCAACAAUGGAACUCCCAAAACGCAAAUUUUCAAAACGGCUUCAACGCACAAUCCCAAUAUCAAGGACAGUUCAACGCACAGAACCAAUUUAACUACCAAAAUGGAUACAAUCAACAGAAUUUUCCACAAAAUGGCAAUUUCCAAGGCUUCGCUGGCAAUCAAGGUUUCACUACACAAGGCCAAAAUCAACAAUAUCAAGUUGUCUACCAAAAUGUACCAAAUCAAUUGAACCACGGUAGUCAAUAUGCCAGCGGAAGUGGACAAUACAUAGGAACAAGUCAGGCACCGAGCCAACCAAACGGUGGCCAUUAUCAAGGUGGUUCAGGUCAAUAUCAUGGAACAACCGGUUCUUAUCAAGGUAGUUCGGGACAGCACUAUCAAGGCACUUCUGGGACAGGUCAGUACCAAAGCACAAAUGGCCAGUUUCAAGGAAGUGGCAUCGAUGGUUCUGGACAAAUGAACGGACAAGGCUUCAUGGUGUCCAAUGGGCAAUCAGGACAGGGACCCACGUGUGUCUGCCAAGCGUGGACGAAACCUCAAGCUGAUGUGAUGAAUGAUCCGAUUCCAGAAAAGGUUGAAAAAGAUGUGAUGCAAAGUAGAAUGCUCUAA